GUGCCACUUUCAGGUCUCCUCACACUGCUGGUGUGUUCCAUUUUUUGUCAUAGGGUGCUGGCAGAUUACGGGCCUCCCAUAGCUGCUGCCAGGCCCCUAAUCUGCCAUGGGCCCCUGUACCGCCUCCUCAUGCUGCUGCCAGGUCCAGAGUGUGUCAUGGGUCCCUGUACGGCCUCCCAUUGCUGCUGUCUCCAUCGCCACACUCUGCCAUGUGCCACUUUCAGGUCUCCUCACACUGCUGGUGGUUUCCAUUUUUGUCAUAGGGUGCUGUAUGGCCUCCCAUUGCUGCUGCCUCCACCGCCACACUGUGGCUCCACACUCUGGUUUUUGGCCCCGUGACUGCCCAAAUGAGUGAAGUGUGCGGUGAUUCUAAGAUCGACGGCACUCAUCUGCAUGUCAUACUG